AUGCCUCUUCUAAGCAAUUUAUUAUCGAGGGAUAUUCCAAAGAACUUCUAUAAAUUUCAAUUUCAAUUGUAUUCUGGCUUAUUUCUACUUGGUCUAUUAGGUUUUCUCUAUUUAACUUCACCCAUUGUUAGCCGUCGAACAUAUCUAUCUGAAAAUGCUUUGUCACCUGGUCUUGUUUCCAGCGAUUUAUAUAUAUCUGUUGAGCACAUUCGCAAUAUUAUGGGACGAUUACGAACAGGAUUUAAAAAUAAUGAUAUAGCUGAUGUUAUUCAAUUGAUGUUAAAUGAAAAUGGUAUUGAAGCAUAUAAACAAGAUAUUGGAAGAAAUUCAACCGAUAAACCAGAGGAAAAUAUUUAUGGUAUUGUACGAGCACCCAGAUUAGCGUCAACAGAAUCCAUCAUUCUUGUUGCACCACUCUAUGCUCGUACUCAAACGAAACCUCAACAAAACAAAGCUAAUGUAUUUGGCAUUGCUCAUACAUUAGCCAUUGGUUUUGCACUUCAUCGCAAGCCAUAUAUGUCAAAAGAUAUUAUUCUUCUUUUUCCAGCAGCACAAGAAUAUGGCACACGUGUAUGGCUAGAUGCUUAUUACAAUAGUAAUCCACAAGCGUCACUACUUGAUGCUCAUGCUGGAUCAAUUCAAGCUGGUUUAGCAUUAGAAUUUCCGUAUGAAAAAUUCUAUUCAAUUGAUUUACGACAUAAUGGUAUUAAUGGUCAAUUAACGAAUCUUGAUUUAAUUAAUACGGUCGUACAUUUAUGUGAGAAAAAUUCUAUAGCUACUACAUUUUAUGGUGUUUAUGUGGAGUUAUCGACGAAUGAAGCUUUUAUGAAUUAUAUAAUUCAAUCAACACGCACUUUAUUGCUCAAUGUUUUCACAUUAGCAACUGGUAUAUCCAAUGGUGUACAUGGACAAUUUCUACGUUAUCGUAUUGAAAUGAUAACUCUUUUUGGAAGUUUAGAUAAACAUCAUGAAUAUCAAAGUUCUCCUGUUGCAAUGAGAGCUUUUGAUGAUGUUAUUGAAGGUUUUAUUCGUAGUUUAAAUAAUUUACUUGAACGGUUUCAUCAAUCAUUUUUCUUCUAUCUACAUAUAAAUCGUCGAAAUUUUGUUUCAAUUGCAACAUACAUGGUCCCACUGGGUUUCAUUGCUUUACCAGCAUUGAUUCGUUCGCUUGUUAUUUAUAUGUCAUUUUUUACUUCGUCAUCAACAAACUCAGCUGCUACGCAUGGUCGAACAAUGAAAUUCGAUGCUGAAUAUUCACCAAUAUUCAUUGAAAUAUUUCAAUGUCUUGCUUUUUCAUAUGUAUUGACAUGGAUACCUUUAAAAUUAUCAUUAUUAGGAGUCUGUUUAAUUACGAUGCUUCUAAGUCCAUUUAUUUUACGUCGAUUUCGUUCGAAUGUACAUCAAUUCGAUCAUUUUCAAUUCAUUACAUUACUAAUUGGCUCAGCUUUAUUGGGUUGUCUUUCAUUAUUAAAUUUUUCUAUGGCACUUCUUACUGCUUGUUUUCUUAUGCCAUGUUAUUUGAUCGCCGGAGUCAUAAAAUUAGACCAUUGGUUUAUUAAAUUCACCUGUCGAUUUUUAUUUAUUACAUUUCUUAAUCCAUUAGUUUUUCUUGCUCUUUAUCAUUAUUUAGCACAGAUAAUAAUGGCUGGUACAUUUGUUUUUCCAGAUUUUGCACAAUUCUCAAAUGAUCUUGAUACAUAUUUUGCAUCUUAUCAUUUAUAUAAUACAUGGACAGUUGAUGUUGUGUGUUUAACUAUUGUACCAAUAUGGUUAUUACUUUAUAGAUCAACAUUUGGAAUUCAAUUCUAA